CAGUUUUUGAAGAAAAGCUGGCGGUUUAAAGGAUUGUGUAUGUUUUUGGCGGACCUGUCACGCACUCCAGUACUUCAGAGUGGAGAUGGGAGUAAACCUGGAGAAUGGGAUACCCGGUGAACUUCCAGGAGACGAAUAUGUUGCAUACAUCUUAGCCAUGGUGCCUAACCGCGCACUGGGUCUAGCCCAUCCUUGCUGUAUUGGCCUGCUGUUCUUACUCCUCCUGCCCAGCUCAGUUUCAGUAAGAGAACCUCGCCAUCAGUCUCACGCCCACCUCCCCUCGCUGAUACCUCAUGCCACCCUACCGCUGUCCCGUUCCCGCUUCAGCGCCAAAGCUCAGCUGGACUUCACUACUCACUGCAACGAGAGCUGCUACCACAAAGGAGAAGACAUGGAUAAAGAGAACCUAGCUUUUGAAACACUUUAUGCAGAUGGCUCCCGAACAUUAACCACUGUUGACCUGGAUGAAAAUGACACUGAACUUCCUUUCAGGCAGCCCAAAGUAACCACCCCCAGACAUAAGCGACUAAAACGGCAGAUUUACGGUUCAGACGGGCGCUUUAACAUCCGCGGUGACCACUUCCUUCUGGACUACCCGUUUUCCACCGCCGUCCGUAUCUCUACGGGCUGCACUGGAGUUCUGGUGUCCCAGCAGCACGUCCUGACCGCAGCCCACUGCGUGCAUGAUGGGAAGGAUUACGUCAAAGGAGCGAGGAAACUCAGGGUGGGUUUUCUAAUCCCCCCGUCUGUUAACGGUACAAGGCCGGGUCAGACUCCUGUGAAGAAACCCUUGGUGCGCUGGGUGAGAGUUAAACGGACCCGAGUUCCCAAAGGUUGGAUUCAAGGUCCUCAAGAGGUCAGCAUGGAUUUUGACUACGCACUUCUAGAGUUGCGUUGGCCUCACCGGCGUCCCUUUAUGCGGCUGGCCGUGGCACCCACCUCAGACAAUUUGGCUGGUAAACGCAUCCACUUCUCUGGAUUUGACAGUGACCGGCCCGGGGAACUGGUGUACCGCUUCUGUCCGGUGGAGGAUGAGUCCAAUGAUUUGAUCUACCAGCACUGUGAUGCCCGCCCAGGUGCGAGUGGCUCUGGUGUUUACGGACGUGUGUGGGACGAUACUUUAGAGCGCUGGGAGCGCAAGGUCAUCGGGAUCUUCUCGGGCCACCAGUGGCUGGAAAUCAAUGGAGAGAAUCGUGACUACAACGUGGCUGUUCGCUUCACUCCUCUGAAGUUUGCUCAGAUCUGUUACUGGGUUCAUGGAAAUAAGGUGGACUGCAAUCAGGACUGAAGGCAUGACACAAGAAUGGGACAAUAUAAAAUCAUGGGCAAAAUAUGGCGUGCCUGAUUUUGGCACCAGCACUUUACAGUCAUUUACGGGUGUGGCUACUGAAUCUAAGACGAAAGAAGGUCCAUGGCUGGUAGAUCGCAACCCACAGGCUUUGAUCACUCACGUGGGUUGAGCUGGAACUUUAUUUAACCACUACCUUUAGUUUUUGCUUGCUAUACUGCCAACGUUACACAUAGCUUUAGACUCUGAGGUCGACAACACCAGUAUAUUUAUCGUCAAGUGGUUGAUUUCACUUAUGUGACUCUCUCCACAGCCUUGCUUUGUUCAGAUUACACAUUACAGAAGCUUUAAACUUGUUUGCACUUUUAGAAACUAGAAUUGGGAUGGGGGUUUUAUCCUCAUCUCAUCCCUUGGGUUUUGUGUAACAUUAGAUUAACAUACACAGUUUAUUUGUUGACUAAAAGUAGAGGCAAAUGGGCUAUGCUUUCUUCAUUUCCAUCCCUGAACAUCUGUUUGGUCUGUUGAACAUACUACUUUUAUUUUUUUCUGAACUAUGAUUAGCGUAAUAAGAUAAAAUCGAUGACUUGAGAUGUAGUAUGUGUUGUUAAAUUGAGAGAGUUAAUAGAACAGAAUAUUAAGGUAUAAAUAUUUAAAGCAUAGAUUAAAAAUCCUUAGUUUAUGUUACUGCAUACAUCUGGAUCUGUUACCCAUGAAUACAUUUCACUUUUACAGUUACAUAUUCUUUUCCUUGAUAGAUGAAGACCUCAAAUUGGUAACAUUACAGUACCUGUUUGUAAAUAAUUUUACUUAUUCUUUUAUGUUGGAUUAAUAUAAAGACUGAACAUGAACUAAGAGAAAGGUUGUGGGGUAAAUGUUGAUUAUAAUUCUAUUUUUAAAAAGCUUUUAUUUUAAUAAACUAAAAUAUCUCUUGUU